GCAUGUGAAAACGACAUUACCCUUCAUGCAACUCGGUAGGAAAACAGCUGAUCGUCGAGUUCCAGUCUCAGGUCGCGCAGCUGCAGGUUUACAAAAGUGUCGGAGGGUUUUUGUACUUUUUGCUUUUGAGACACAGACGCUGAAGAACAUGUCCGAACACCAGAGCUUCCAGUUCGGCAAGUCUCGUUUCAACCAGAACACGUUGUUUGGUCGCUUCAGACACUUCCUGGAUGUGAUUGACCCCAGCACCCUGUUUGUGACGGAGAGUCUUCAGCGCUGUGGAUCUCUGGAGACGACUACAGGAGUGUGUGGCGCUACUCGAUCGUUUCAAACAAGGAACUCUGCCUCCCGGAGUCACUGACGCUCAGCUUUGGAAAGCUCAGAAAGUGAAGCAGGCCAUCAUCCACCCUGACACCGGGGAGAAGAUCCUCAUGCCCUUUCGCAUGUCGGGUUACAUUCCAUUUGGCACCCCAGUGGUUGUUGGUCUCCUUCUCCCAAAUCAAACAUUGGCAUCAACUAUCUUCUGGCAGUCGUUAAACCAGAGUCACAACGCCUGCGUGAACUUCUGCAACCGCAACGCCUCCAAGCCGGCUCCAGCCUCCAGGUUCGUCCUGGGCUUCCUGGGAGCCGUGACCAGCGCCGUCUCCAUCGCUGUCGGGUUGAACGUGUUACUCCAGAAAGCAAAUGGCUUCAGCCCAACGACCAGGCUGCUGGUGCAGAGGUUCAUCCCCUUCCCAGCAGUGGCGAGUGCUAACAUCUGCAACGUGCUGCUCAUGAGGCACUCGGAGCUGUCGGAGGGCAUCAGCGUGCUGGACGACCAGGGGGACGUGGUGGGAACCUCCCGAGUCGCUGCCAGGCAUGCCCUUCUGGAGACGGCCCUGACCCGAGUGGUGCUGCCCAUGCCCAUCCUGCUGCUCCCGCCACUCAUCAUGUCAAUGCUGGAAAAGCUUCCUCUCCUGCAGAGGCAGCGGGGGCUCGUCCUGCCCGUCCACAGUCUGGUGUGUCUCGCCGCCUUCGGCCUGGCUCUGCCGCUCGCCAUCAGCCUCUUCCCUCAGAUGUCCCAGGUAAAGACAUCUGUCCUCUUCGGUCCCACACAACGUUAUUUAAUAACCACAGAUUGUUAUGAUUCAUAUUCUGGUGAUAAGGGACAUUUGGAGCUUCUGCAGGGGCAACAAUCAAAUGUCUGGAUUCUAUUUAUUGUUAAUUUAUUUAGAUAAAGUCUCUGUUCCUGCUGAUAUUAAAUUAUUAGUUUGCUGUUGUUCAUGACCCACACAACAGGCCUGAUAUCAGAUCUCUUGUCUUUCCACCACAUUUAGAGCCUGUGUGUUUUACCUCCGUGAUCCUCAGAGUAAGAACAGUCAGAUUAAAUCAUUAUUUAACGUUUUAUCUUCUCGUGUGCCGCGCUCCUAUUCUUCAUUUGUCUUUUCACGUCUUUAAACGAUGAUGCUUGACCUCAGAUCUUCCAGGACUCUGGUGUCAGUGACUGAGUGACUCUCCUGACCUCUGAACAGUUUCCCAUCCAGCUCUGCGUCCUCCCUCCUAAUGAGGCGUGGCCCUCUGAGACGUCACCUGCUCUGUGGUGAUCCGCCCGGAGUCUCUCCUGCCGUCCGAGGCCGUCCAGGCUCACGGGCUGAGCUCUGACUUCAGCCUCGCUCUUCUCAUGAACCGGCUGCGGCACCAUAUUGUUUUUCUCCUCCGUCUCUCUCUCUCUCGCUCUCUCUCUCUUUGUCUCCUCUCUGCCAAAUCACUUGCCGACACAAGCCAAGCAGCUCUGGCUUUAAAAAUGUUUAGGAUUUAAUUACCGCUGGAAAUAGCCCAGACAGCCAUAUGGCAAAAAAACUUCAGACAUAUGUGCCACCGACACGGAGGGGCCUGUUUU